UCUUGUUUGUUUUUGGCUUUGUCUUGGAAUAAUCGCUUUUUUCUAGUAUAAAUACCGGAUCUGCUCGAUUACAUUGCUAUUAGUUUUAUCCAUUCAAUUCAAUCCAGCUCUACUCAAUCUAACUCUACUCAAUCUAACUCUACUCAAUUCAAUUGUAUUAUCUUCUACUGUAUUAUAUCCACAAUGGCAGGAUAUCCCCAAGUUCUUGGAGGCGUUACCAGAAAACUCUCUGAUUCAGUCACCAUUCAUUCAACUCCAUUCAAGAGAGCAAACUAUUUCAACUUCGGUGCUAGAAUGGCUAUUCUUGAAUUAAAUAAAUCUGAUGAAUAUGUUAUUUGGUCUCCAUUACCAAUGUCUGAGGAGUUCAGAAAUUGCUUGAAAUACUCUGGUAUCAAUAAAGAAAACGACAAUGUGAUCAACGAUGAUAACUUUAGUCAAUUUAAUAACAAAGUUGUUGCUAUUAUUGUUCCUGAUAAUGAACAUUUAUUAUCUAUUCGCCAAAACUUAAAGGGAAAAUUCUUUCCAAAUUCAAAAAUCAUUGGUAUGAACGAUUUAAAAAAUCUAUCAAAUAACGAUCUUAACUUAAUCGAUAUUAAGUUUGACUCUAAUUUAGCCAAUAAAAUUGUCAAAAGAGAUCAAUUAAGGACCGAUUUAAAUAUUUCAAAUCAAAAUAUAAUAAAUGAUUUAGAGUUUAUCUAUCUUAAUGGUCACGAAAACAAAGAAUUGCUCAUGUUACACAAAUCUUCAAAGACUUUAUUCCAAGCUGAUUUAUUAUUUAACAUCGAAAGCAAAUAUAGUGAACAAUACUCAUACAAUUUGUCAUCCAGUCCAUUUUUUUCAUCUAAUAACAAAGAUAAUUUCUUCAUUUAUCCAAAAUCACCCUUAAACGAUAACUUUACCAAUCAUAAUCCCAACUCUUAUUCCAGUUUCUUGACAAGGUUUUUGCAACCAAAUUCCUCAUUGUUCAAAAAUAUUUUUGUAAAAAAAUUAUUGUUUCCAAUCAAAUCUGAAAACAAUAAACUUGCAAUUAAACAAAUUUAUGAUGAUUGGAAUUUUGAUAAUAUAGUUUUAUGUCAUGGUAAUGUCAUUGAAAAAACAGGUAGAGAUGUAUUUUUCAAUGUUUUCAAUGACUAUUUGAAAUAACAACUAUAAUAAGUAUAAUAAGUAUAAUAAGUAUAAUAAGUAUAAUAAUAAGUAUAAUAAUAAAUAAAUAUUUAAUAUUUUUAAGUGCUUUUUUUUACCGAUUUUCUUGAAUCCCGACUUUUGUAGUUUUUAUUGUUGUAUACACUUUAAAUCAACAUUUCUCUUUUCAGGACAUACAAAAAUAAGGA